AUGAUGGCGCGGCGGCUGAAGCUGGCGAUGACUGGCCGCUUCUUUGCCCGCGCAUCGUGCCCAGCGUGGCACUCGGCCUCGAUCGACGGCACUUGGCGCGUGGAGAGGGCCCCCGGCCAGCAGCACCGAGAGCAAGACGAGCGUCGGCAGCGAGAUGGACAAGUGCUCGACCUCGGGCGGGUGAUGGCGCUCGAGUGGCUCGACCUUGGGCGGGGUGAUGGCCGCCGAGGCCAGCAGCACCAGGAGCAGGGCGACGACGCGGGCGAGGGCGGCAACCAGCACCAGGACCACGGCGGCGACGGCGACAGUGGCUCGACCUUGGGCGGGGUGAUGGCCGCCGAGGCCAGCAGCAUCAGUAGCAGGGCGACGACGCGGGCGAGGGCGGCAACGUGGGCGAGCGCUCGACCUCGGGCGGGUGAUGGCGCUCGAGGUCAGCAGCACCAGGACCACGGCGGCGACGGCGACAGUGGCUCGACCUUGGGCGGGGUGAUGGCCGCCGAGGCCAGCAGCAUCAGUCAGCAGCACCAGGAGCAGGGCGGCGACUGCGACAGUGGCUGGGCCUCGGGCGGGGUGAUGGCCGCCGAGGCCAGCAGCAUCAGUCAGCAGCACCAGGAACACGGCGGCGACUGCGACAGUGGCUGGGCCUCGGGCGGGGUGAUGGCCGCCGAGGCCAGCAGCAUCAGUCAGCAGCACCAGGAGCAGGGCGGCGACUGCGACAGUGGCUGGGCCUCGGGCGGGGUGAUGGCCGCCGAGGCCAGCAGCAUCAGUCAGCAGCACCAGGAACACGGCGGCGACUGCGACAGUGGCUGGGCCUCGGGCGGGGUGAUGGCCGCCGAGGCCAGCAGCAUCAGUCAGCAGCACCAGGAGCAGGGCGGCGACUGCGACAGUGGCUGGGCCUCGGGCGGGGUGAUGGCCGCCGAGGCCAGCAGCAUCAGUCAGCAGCACCAGGAGCAGGGCGGCGACUGCGACAGUGGCUGGGCCUCGGGCGGGGUGAUGGCCGCCGAGGCCAGCAGCAUCAGUCAGCAGCACCAGGAACACGGCGGCGACUGCGACAGUGGCUGGGCCUCGGGCGGGGUGAUGGCCGCCGAGGCCAGCAGCAUCAGUCAGCAGCACCAAGAGCAGGGCGACGACGCGGGCGAGGGCGGCAACGUGGACAAGCGCUCGACCUUGGGCGGGGUGAUGGCGCUCGAGGUCAGCAGCACCAAGAGCAGGGCGACGACGCGGGCGAGGGCGGCAACGUGGGCGAGCGCUCGACCUCGGGCGGGGUGA